AUGCCUAGCGGUAAUGUAAAACGGCGGAUUAUACAAUCCGACUGCGACAUAUGCAUGCAGUACCGACUACAGGGAGUGGUAUCCAACUUCCUGGAUCUCGAUGACAACGACAAAAUAGUGGGCAUAAAGGGCGACGAGGUGAUCCACACGAUGAACAAGAACGAGACGGCGAUCAAGAACACGGAGUACUACGAGAUGGUGAAGGAGCGCCGCAACGUGCUGCUCAUGGGCGACAGCAUCGGCGACGCGCGCAUGGCCGAAGGCAUGGAGCACUGCGCCGCCGUCGUCAAGCUCGGCUUCCUGGGCCACAACGUGCGCGACAGCUUGCCCAAGUACCUGAGCCAGUUCGACGUCGUGCUCGUCAACGAGCCCAGUAUGCGCCUGCCCAACGCCAUACUUCAGCUCAUCGCUUGA